GCCACCUAGCGCUUGCGUGGUUUAAACCGGAAGUGCCAGUUAUAACUUUUUACGGACGUGACGCAUAUUUCACCCUAACAAACAUGGCGGCGUACAGGUGUGCAGGAGUUUUGCGGAAUUUCUCUUCACUUGUCACAGGAACAAGAACUCCUGCGUGUAGAUGUCACCAUGGAGCUGCACUCAGUAAGCUUUCCUUCAACAUGAGGACAUUGCCGCGAUGUCCUACAGCCAUGUUUGUGAGAAACAUGUUUAUUCAGACUCAAGACACUCCAAACCCAAACAGUCUGAAGUUUCUCCCCGGGCGGACGGUGUUAGACUCGGGAACUAUGGACUUUGUCGCUCCCAGAGAUGCUUUCUGCUCUCCACUGGCCAGGCAGCUCUUCAGAAUUGAUGGAGUCAAAAGCGUCUUCUUAGGCCCAGACUUCAUAACCAUCACAAAGAUGGAUUCACACACGGAGUGGAAGGUGAUCAAACCAGACAUCUUUGCCACCCUUAUGGACUUCUUCACAUCCGGCCUUCCUGUUGUUAAUGAAGACGCCGCUCCACGUGCAGACACCGCGCCCUCAGAUGAUGACGAUGAGGUCGUAGCCAUCAUUAAAGAGCUGCUUGACACACGGAUCAGGCCCACGGUGCAGGAGGACGGAGGCGAUGUUCUCUAUCGGGGUUUUGAGGCCGGCAUCGUGAAGCUGCAGCUCCAGGGCUCGUGCACCAGCUGCCCCAGUUCCAUCGUCACGCUGAAGAACGGCAUCCAGAACAUGCUGCAGUUUUACGUCCCCGAGGUGGAAGGAGUGGAACAGGUGAAGGACGAGGGAGUGGAACAUCACGCCGAGCAGUGAGUGCUAGUAAUCAGGAUCUGGACUACACUUCUGCCUCCUACAUCGUAUAAAAGCGUCUGAGUGAAGAUAAAGAGGCUGAGGAUGAGGAAAACGGGAAGGUGCUCACUAAUACAAUGGCGCAAAGUGACACCAUGGCCGUGCUUUCCUACAUUUCUAGGGAAAUCUCCAAACUGUUAUGGAAUAUGGAAAUGUCUGAAAUGGUUAAAGUAAAGCUUAUCUCGUUCAUACCCUUUUGUUUUAUCUCAACUUAAAGUGUGACACGUGCUUCAUUAUGGAUUUUUUUUAUUAAACUGAAUUUGUUUAUUCCACAAUACUGUAAAUUCAAGUUGAGUGAAUAGCACUUAGAUCCUCACCCCAUCAUGCACUUGUGAUAUUUAUAGCACCUUCAGUUUUCUUUUGAAUGUUUCCUGCUACAUCUCAAGACACACAAACCCAGCCAUGGACAACUGAUGUAUUUUUUUUCUAUCAAAAGGUCUUUGUGAGUGUGUGUGAAUGUAAAUUUGACUCAUAAAUUAAAACUAUUAAAAUGUU